GUCGUUAUCCCUUGAAGUUGAACUCUUUUCAUUCCCCUAUAAAAAGGAUGGCCUUCCUUUCCAACCCAACCCAGCCAACUACUUCUGGAACUCGGACACGAGAAGCAAGUAGUUACACACAUGAAGAGAAUGUCGAUCAAGUCGAGUCUUCUGAUUCUGCUAUGUUGCCUUGCUCUGUUUUUCAUAGCAAGAUCGGUUGACGGAGAAGAGGUGAAGUCAAAUGUGAAGAGUCCGGCCGGUGGCGGUGAAGAUGGGGAUGGUAGUUCUGCACCAGCAAGCGGUUACUUGUACAGAAUCAAGGCUGCCGCCGGCUGGGCUCAGUCCUACUUCGUUCCUCCCGGCCUUAACUUUUUCACAGGCGGUGCUACGAAGAAAGCAGCGGACAAGAUCAUCGACGGCGUGGAUGAAGGCGGCGGCGGCGGCGGAGGUGGAGAGCGGGUGAAAGAGGCGGUGGCGAGGAGUAUAGAGAAAGGCAAAGAAACAAUGGAGAACACGGCGAAAUCGGCAGCCAGAAUGGCGACUAAAACCGCGCACGAAGCGAAGGAGAAGGUGAAGAGAACCAUAUCAGACGCCAAGACAGCAGAAGUAAAAGUCAGUGAUUAUGAGGAUGACGACGAGCUCUGA